AUGUGCAUUGGGCUCAACUCGGAAAAUUGGUGGGAUAAAAGACACUUUGAUCAACAAGCACACCAGAGCAAAUGCAGCGGCGGCAGCCGGCGGGGCUCGGGGUCCAGCUCGGGCUCGGAGCGGGCCCGCCGCCCUCGCAGCCCCCGCAGCAGCACCGAGGAAGAGGAGGAGGAAGAGGAGGAGGAGGAGGACAGCAGCAGCAUCAGCAAGCCCCUGGUGCCGCCGCCCGCCACCCCGCUGCCCGCCGCCGCCUCGCCGCUCCCCAGCGGGCCCGGCGGGGCGGGGGGAGGGCGGCGCUGGGGCUUCCAGGCGCUGUCCCUGGUGCUGCUGCUGGGGCAGGGCGCGCUGCUGGACCUCUACCUGAUCGCCGUCACCGACCUGUACUGGUGCAGCUGGAUCGCCACCGACCUGGUGCUGGCGACCGGCUGGGGCAUCUUCUUCUGCCGCAACAGCCGGGCGCGCCGCCGGGAGCGGCCCCCGCCGCCCCCCGGGCCGCCGCCGCCGCACCCGCUGCUGCUGCACGGCCCCCCCGGCGGCCGCGGGGCCGGGGGCCGAGGGGCCGGGGUCCCCCCCCGCGGCGGCGACUUCGCCUACGCGCACCUGGCCUGGCUCAUCUACUCCAUCGCCUUCACGCCCAAGGCGGCUCUGAUCCUGGGCACCUCCAUCCUGGAGCUGAUCGAGCUGCGCCUGCCGCUGGGCACCACCGGUUUCCGCAUCACCCUGGCGCUGUCCGCGCCGCUGCUGUACUGCCUGCUGCGGGCCAUCGGCACCGAGGGCUCCGGGCAGCUGCUCCUGCCGCCGCAGCCGCCGCCGCAGCACCGCGCCGCCGCCGCCUUCCUCGCCACCUGCCUCGACCUGCUCGACAGCUUCUCGCUGCUGGAGCUGGUGCUGCAGCCCGGCCGGCCGGCGCCGCUGCCCGCCCCGCUGCGCUACCUGCUCAUCGCCGUCUACUUCCUCUGCCUGGCCUCGCCGGUGCUGUGGCUGUACGAGCUGAGCGCCGCCCGCCCGCCCGGCGCCGCCCGCCUGGCCCUGCACCUGCUGCUGCCCGCCGGGCUGCUGGACGCGCCGCUGCUGGCGCUGCGCUGCCUGCUGCUCCUGCGCUACCAGCAGCCGCUGUCCCUCUUCAUGCUCAAGAACCUCUUCUUCCUGACCUGCCGCGGCCUGGAGGCGCUGGAGACCUGCUGCCUCCUCCGCCCCGCCGCCGCCGCCCCGCCGCCCGCCAAGUACGGCCCGGCCGCCGCCGCCCCCGCCGCCGCCCCGCUGGCCCACGGGCUCUCCGACGUGGAUGUGGGGCCCCACGGGUACGUGAACGCCUUGGCGGUCACCGCCCAGGGCUGA